GGACCUGUGACCACCGGAACACCGGAACACCGGGAACACCGUGGGCUGACACACGGCGUGUUUAUGAACACAAGUAUCAGUAUGAAGGAGGAUGACUCCGGUAAAGAAAAGUUAAAAUGACACUUGAGUCCGCUGAGAGUGAUGUGAUAACUGCAUGCUGCAUGUCUGAUAACCACCCGUCACCCACCUGCACUCCCUCUCAUUUCCGAUGCAUGGCCCCUCUUUAGAAAUGCAUACGUCUCGCCGCUCCUCGCAUGUUGUGCUGUGAGAGUGUCACAAUGAGGGAAGACAGGGAUAACCCUCUGCCGCUGUCAUCCAAGACACCAUGCCAGGGCCAGACGGACUACAGGCGGGAGCUAGAGAGGCUGCGGGCUGACUGGGAAGCAGAGAAGAAGCGUACACAGCGGGCCUGUGGACACCUCUCUGUGGAUCUCAGGCACCUGCGAGAAGAGGCAGAGAGGGAACAGCAGAAGGCUGUGAGGGAACUGGCAGCCAGGCGAAGGUGCCAAAAGGACAGGCACUCUCACCGACACCGGCGUCUGCUGGGUGAGGAGGUGAACAUUAAAGACAGAGGACGAUGGGCAGAAAUUAAGUCAUCAGAGAAAAAGGCUUUCUGUUUGUGCAGUGGGGAAACGUAUAAAAAGCUGGAGCAUUUGCUGCGGACGCUGUAUGAGAAGAUAAACGGUGAGCAGGCAGUCUAUAAACUGCAUCACAGGCAGGAAUUGGAAGUAGAAAAGGCCGUCUUCCUCUGCCACCUACUAGAGGCCCAUGGGAGAUUGUUGCAGGGGAAGCAGAAAGCGGGACACCCCAGCUACAUUUUUAACAGUUUCUCAAGAAAGCCAAAUCAGGAAGAUGGCAGUAACUCCAGUCAGACGAAGCCUCUCCUAACAUACUCCAGGGCCUUGCCACAUGGACCCCACAGUGCCUCCCAUUCACCUAAGCAGAAAACCAAACCAGCUCGUAGAGAGCAGCCCUUAGGGAGGGCCGUCUGUGCAGCUGACCCCUGCACCAGCGCUGCAGUCGCAGACACCUGUUGGAGCGGCUCUCUGAGAAUUUGUCACCCUCGCGACGCUCCCCAUGCCGGCUGGGACGAGCAGCCCCCCUGCUGCGCCGAGUCCUCCGGGUCAGACAAGUCAUCGCCCCCCAAAGGCAUGGACAGAAACAUGGAGAAUGGCACUGACUACGGUUUCCUGGUGCGUCAGAACUCUGAGCUCUUGCGAGCCCUUGAUGAGCUGGAGAAGACUUGUACCACACUGAGGGAGGAGAACGGCCUGCUGCGGAAGAGCAGCGCCCCGGAGACCGAGGAGAAGGUCAGGCGGCUGAGGAGAAAGAACACCGAGCUGUCUGUUCUUGCGAAGAGGCUGGAGGAGAGAGCUCGGAAACUGCAGGAGGCCAAUCUCAGAGUGGUGAACUCCCCGUCACUGAUGAGACCCGGGUCGGUGGAACAGUACAAGAGGGCGUUCGCCCGUCAGCGAGCUCGCGACCUUGCCCAGCACGCCGACCUGCUGCUGUCUAAGGACAAAGAGAUUGCCGCCCUACAGCAAGAGUGCCGAGAGCUGGAGGCUCGGCAGGGCACCACGAAGGGCUCCCCUGUUCCAUCUGGCAGAGUGGAAUUUGAGAGGCUUCUCAGGGAGUCUCAGCGGGAGGUGCUGCGACUCCAGAGGCAGCUGUCGGUCACAUCAUCCAGGCAGCAGCACAACCACAGUCCUGACCCUGGUGGACCAGAGAAGUUUGGGGAAAUCAAGGAGGAGGACGAGGAGGAGGGGGAAGAAGAGUUAAAGGUUGUGGGAGAGACCCCGUGUGUGGUAAUAGAUGAAGCUCCAUCCAGGUGUGAGGAGACUCCCGGAGAGGAGGAGGAGUCGGGGCUGCGAGUAACGCCCCAACCGGGCCUUAGCCCGACCCCCUCCCGUCAGGAGGAACACACAGAGGAGCAGCACCUACAGUUUCUGGAAAGUGAGCUGAGCAAGAAGAGAAAAGAAUGUGAAAACCUUGAGCAUGAAGUAAAGAAGCGACAGAAGAGAUGUCUGGAUUUGGAGAGCCAGCUUGAGGAUGAGCGAGGCAAAAAUGAGCAACUAAAGGAGGAGGCAGAUCUCCUCAGGAGGAAGGCACAGCUGCUCGACCAGACUCGGGUUGAGAAUGAGGAGCUGAGGGAAGAUCUCUCUGAAGUGACCGCUCAACACAAUUCAGUUCUCGAGGAGAACCAGAGACUCCGUGCCAAACUGGAGAACCUAGAGCAGGUCCUAAAGCAUAUGCGAGAGGUCGCCGAGCGAAGGCAGCAGCUGGAAUUGGAACAUGAGCAGGCACUGGCUAUCCUUAAGUUCAAACAGGAUGAAAUCAAACGGUUACAGCGGGCUCAGUUAUAUGCCAAGAGGGAGCAUGAAGGAGUGGUACAGAUGCUGGAGGAGUUGACUCAGCUUGUGUUGCGGAGGGAGCUGUCAAAGGUACGAGACCUGGAGGACAAGUGUCGCAGCCAGAGCGAACAGUUUGGCUUGCUGUCCCAAGAGUUGGAGAAGUUUCGACUGCAGGCCUCCAAGGUGGACCUGGCCGGCGCUAGCCUCCUUAACAAUCCCAGCCUCUCUGUUCUGACAAACGGAGUGGGCCUGACUACAGAGCGAGACUGUACUGGUGGCUCAUGGGACAUGGUUUCUCUGGGCGAAAUAGCCUUCUGGAGUCUCGAGGGAGGUGACACUCUCUCCUGCCCUGAGGAUGUGGCCGCUGCACUGCGGCUGGGGGCCACACCCCACGCUGCGGGGCUCUCCAGGGUGGAGCGCUCGCCCGUCACCAAACAUCGAGAGCUGCCCACCAUCAGUGUCAGCAAGUCAGGCUCGUCCUCCAGCAAGUCAGAGACCACGCACCUCACCCCCAAGUCUGACACGCACCUCAGUCCGCACAAAUCAAGCCCAACACAUGAGGUGGACACCGCCAGUGAAGUGGAGGAGCUGGACAUUGACGUAGCUCCUGCACCUUACACAGCCAGCAGAGGAGCAGCAAAGCUUCAGGUUUUCAUUGCAAGAUACAGCUACAACCCAUACGAUGGCCCCAAUGACAACCCUGAGGUGGAGCUUCCACUCACAGCUGGAGAAUACAUCUAUGUGUAUGGAGACAUGGAUGAUGACGGCUUCUAUGAAGGUGAGCUGAUGGACGGGCGGAGAGGGCUGGUCCCCUCUAACUUUGUGGAACGUGUGUCGGACGACGAUGUCAUGAGCAGUCACCAUCCAGAGACGGGGGACGUGUCCCACAACUCCCUGCUAGACAGCAGCCUACACAGUGCCAGCCACCAGCAUCACCUCCACGUGGGCCUCAGAGCCUCAGAAAGGACAGAGGCCUCUGCCACCUCUGGACCUGCCUCAGCCCACUCGGACCCAGCAUCGGCCUUGGCUGUCCGCCCCCUCACCAACGGCCUGGACUUGGAUUUGGAGGAGGUGGGAGUGGACAUUGUGCCUUACCCGCGUAGGCUCACCCUCAUCAAGCAGCUUGCAAAGAGCAUCAUCAUUGGCUGGGACCCUCCGCUGGUGCCGGCCGGGUGGGGCAAUGUGUGGAGCUACAAUGUGUUCGUGGACCAGGAGCUGCGGCUCAAUGUGCCCUUCGGUGCCCAGACCAAAGCGGUGCUGGAGCGGUUGGACAUAAACCUCAAGGCCUACCGUGUGUCAGUGCAAAGCCUGACAGAGAAGGGCCCCUCGGACCAGCUGCGCUGCAGCAUGCUGGUCGGUCGGGAUGUUUGUGUGGCGCCCACGCAGCUGCGCGUGGAGAGGAUCACCGCCACCUCUGCCAACCUGACCUGGCUGCCCAGCAACAGUAACUAUGUGCACAUUGUGUCCUUGAAUGAGGAGGAGUGUGAGCUGGUGAAGGCUGGCUGCAGCUCGCUGUGCCUCAAUAACCUCUUGCCCAGCAUGCAGUACACGGUUAAAGUGGAGGCACGGCCGCACCGCACGCCAUGGGAGUUACCCGUGGAGCGACGCGAACACAGGAGCGCUACUAUCCCCUUCACCACACUGAUGGCAGGACCCCCUGAUGCUCCUCUGGAUGUACAGCUGGAGCAUGGCCCCUCCCCGGGCAUCGCCCUCAUCAGCUGGCUGCCAGUCACUAUAGAUGCUGCUGGGACCUCCAACGGAGUCCGUGUCACUGGAUACACCAUAUAUGCUGACAAGAAAAAGGUGCUGGAGGUGUCUUCCCCAACGGCCGGCAGUGCCCUGCUGGGCCCGUCUCAGAUGCAGUCCCUGCUGGCAGCUCAAGAGCUCACCCUCCGCACCAUGUCCGCCCACGGGGAGUCCUGCGACUCUCUGCCAGUCAAUGUGCCCUCCAAGCUGACCGCCAUCUUGGCAGGUCCGGCUGCCACCGCCCCAGUUGUGCCACCCCAAAACCGCACCCCUACAGGCUGCAGUCACCUGCCCUCGCCGCCGUCCUACGGGAACUCUGCUGCCAAAGUCUCCAUGCUGCCCGGCACUUUGCCGUCAGACACAAACAUCACCGGCCUCACGGUGGGGGCUGCUGCCAACCCUCCUCAAGCUCUCCACCCAGAUGACCUUCUCUUAUCGGCUUCAUACGUGAAUGCCUGGGCAAACCCCAACUCUGCUGCCGCCUUGGGUGUGUGUGAGGCCACAUUACCAGUAGCCUCCACCAUUACUCUAGAGGUAAAAGUGACCUCUCCCACCACCUCACCACCUCAACCAUCACCAGUAGCAGCAACUGCACAGGCACCAGUUACAGCAGCAGCAGCAGUGUUGGAGCAGCGCAGAGACACCAACAGCCCCGGAAUGAUACGUCCUUUCCCAUCUAUGGUAGAGUUCAUCGAGGAUCCCGGUGCCCACCUCGGGACCCCCGAGCGCAUCCCUACACCACCAAAAGCCCCGAUCACAGACUUCCUUAAUCCUCAGGACAUUAACCUACACCGACCCCCCAGCAGCUCACCGCUGGAGUCGGAAGCAGAUGAGGAGCAAGAGAAUUCCCGCUUGGUGUCCAUCGACGAGUUCUUGAGACAGGACCAAGAGCCAGAGUACUCUAGGACGCAGCAGAGCUACAGAGGAGGGCUGGUGGAGCCUCCCAGUGACUACCACGCAGACAACAGCCGUUCAGAUCUAUCCGACAUCCUGGAGGAGGAGGAGGAGGACCUCUUCUCUGACCAGUUUGGAGAAGCACAGGCCCGGGGCUACAUAUUCAGAGCGAACAGGGAGCCCAGCCAAAUCCCUCCAGCAGAGGCAGGCCCAUCGUGGGGAGGGCAGGCCGAGCUCUCUUCUAAACCAGCCAGGCAACUCAAAGGUGGUGUUGAUUCACCAACGAUCAAAAGAGAGGGUGACAUACGUAUCUUUGUGGCCCUCUUCCCUUAUGAUCCUGCCACUAUGUCACCCAAUCCUGAUGCUGCUGAGGAGGAGCUGCCCUUCACUGAAGGACAAAUCAUCAAAGUUUAUGGAGACAAAGAUGCAGACGGGUUCUACCAAGGAGAGUGCGGUGGUCACCUGGGCUACGUGCCAUGCAACAUGGUGUCUGAGAUCCAGGUGGAGGAUGAGGAGACCCGGCAGCAGCUACUGCGGCAGGGCUUCUUGUCCACAGCGGCCUCCAUGGAGAAGAUAGGCACUCGCACACACGCACAGCUUCCGCGUCGCCCUGUUCCACCGCCGAAACCGAGACGAUCCAAGAAAGUGGAGUCUGUCGCACUCUGGGAGGAGAGCGUAGACUCCUCCAGCCAAGAUCCCAGCCCGACUGCUGCUGCCGCACCAGCUGUGGGGAACCCGGCCCCAGGAGCUCGCAGGAUGGUCGCCAUCUUUGAUUAUGAUCCACGAGAGAGCUCCCCCAACACUGACAUAGAGGCUGAGCUGACCUUCAGUGCCGGAGACAUCAUCCAUGUGUUUGGUGACAUGGAUGAAGAUGGUUUCUUCUACGGAGACUUGAAUGGACACAGAGGCUUGUGUCCCUCAAACUUCCUGCAGGCGUUACCAGAGGACGCUCCAGCCAAACCUCUCCCUGCUCAGCCCGCACCAGAACCCAGGAGAGACUCACAGGGUACCCUGACGUCUUCUACAGAGCCACCAGACCCUGGGCCCUCAACCCUAGAAGAGGCUUCCCACCCCCAAACAGAACCUCCUCUCCCAGACCCAGCAGAGCAAACAGACCCGCCACCCAAACUAUCACCCUCUCCAAGCCCUGCGUCAGACUUGGACCCUGCUCCAGGCCCUGCUCCUGUUCCGGUUCCUGGUCCAGCAGCAGUGGAGACCUGCUGCUCCCCUCCGGCCCCCCUUCCAACAGACAGCCCGACGCAGACGGACCGCUCUGCGCAAGGCAAGAAGAAGAAAGGCUUUUUCUCCAAAGGCAAGAAGCUGUUCAAAAAGCUGGGAUCCAGCAAGAAAGACUGAGUCAGCAGAUCUGACUCAGAAUACUCGCGUCACAUUGAAAGCACUUUUUCUAUCUUCAGUGGUAGUCUCAGUUUGUAGCCGGUGCGGUUAGCGGCCAUCCGAUCUAAUAACUGAUGCUUCAACCGUCAGUAAUUAUACAUUUGCCUUAGAGCACUGCUAGCAACUGUUAAAUAUUCAAGUACAUCAACGUACCGCUUACAGCAUCACACUAGCAUGUGGAAGUGCAUGUUGAAGUGUGCAAACACAAAUAUAUCCUCUAAAUACUACCUAACUAAGCAUUUGCAAAAUUUCAACUCAGUAGUCUUUGAUGCUUGAUAUAAAACACUAAAUGGAGCCGUUAUAUUUAGAACAACUAGAUACAGAUUGUGUUGAACAGCAGACUAGACUUCAGCCCAGCUCAGACACAGCUAAUUUAACAUUAGCUUUAAUGUUCUUUAUUUAUUUGAAGCAAACAAACAGAAGCAGCAGUCUGUCUCUUCCUCUGGGUGACUAUAAAGAAUGCACUAUCCAUCCUGAUCGGAUGUAUUUUAAAUAUAUCUGUCUGCUCAUCCCCUCUGUUUCUCAUCUUUAGGAGUAUUUAUACCGUACUUUGUACAAAACAUGUUAUUUAUUUCGUAUCCAACUCUUGCCCUAACCAUCACGACAUUGCGUGAAGUGACAUCGGGGCGAGAGGUUUAGUCAUUUAGAGCUGUCAGAGACAGAGAUGAUCCACUUUGAUACGUGUAGGUUAGAUCUA